CCCUCGUCAAAGUCAUACUGGAAAUCGGAAACUUUGCCGGCGAGACGAUGGGGAAAAAGGUAGUGUUGCUGUUCUUGUUUACUCUGUUGUCCGUACUCUCUCUCUUUGCUCCGUCUCUCUCCGGGUUUCAGUCCGAUGAGCUUCUCGUAGACGACGACGAGGUCGGCCAACCUCAAUCUCACUCUCAGCAGAGCUCUUCGGUUACCAAGUCAGAUCAGACUGUCACUCCCUCUCCAACUCCUCGGAGGAAGUUCUCGGAUUCCGAUUCCGACUCCAAGAUCCAAUUCACCCUCGAGCAUGCCUUCGGAGACUCUGAUUUCUCACCCGCUGGCACCUUCUCCGCACGCCUCAAAACAUCCGCUCACGGCGGCCAGACGCUCACUAAACUGAGAUUCUCCCGGAAUGCUUUUACGGAUGCAGAGAAAGAGAGUUUCAAGAGCCUGGUUGAAGGUGAUGAUUUCUACAAGAUAAGGCUGCCGUCUAAUGUCUUGAGUCCUCCUGGCAAGGAUUUCGUCGUCACGUCUGUGAAAGCGAGAUGUAUUUCGAGAGAGACUUUGGAUGAGCACUUUGUGAUACACACGGAAGGUGUCAACAUCUUGGGUGUCAACUAUGGUGCCCCAGCACCAUGUUCUUAUCCGCGGCCAGCAAAACUUCCUUCGAAGUGGUUAUUCAACUCUUACACAAUUCUGAAGAAUACUGAGCAGGCACCAAGGACUCCACUAUUUAUUCAGGAUGUGUUGAAGACUGGGGAAGAGGGCGAAGCUGAAGUGGUUGCACCACCAGAAAGGUCCUUCUGGGCUAAAUACUGGAUGUACGUGAUACCUUUGGGGCUCAUAGUGAUGAAUGCCGUAACGCAAGCCAUGAACAUGCCCGAGGAGCAAGCCCCCGGGCAGCCAGGCGGAGGAGCGCCUGCAGCACCAGGAGCAGUCCAGCGUGCUCCCAGCUCUGCCGCUAGGAGACGAUAGAAAAGUCUGUGCACGACAGGACGGACAAGUCUUCGUUGAGCCUUGUCUAAGCGAGAGCUUUACCGGCCAUAUAUGGCUCGCAAGUCGCAUCCACAUUAAUUCGACUCUCGUGGAUGGCCAUUUCAUAGGAUACUCAGUGUUGUAGAUGCUCUAGAACCCAACGACACUAUGUUCAGAAUUUGCUGUGGAGGGGCAUGGCAGUUGCCUGGGGAUUUUCUUUGUACUGUUUAGUUUUCAGAUCAUAGAUUUUGGUUCGAUUGCCACAGCUCUUGAUUUUCAUCUUGUUAAAUUAAAAACCCUAAUUCGUACGGAAUCUACUCUCAAGAUACAACUUUCAACCUUGGAAAGAAGCUGUCCUGAUUUCCAAACAGAGGCCAAAUGCAAUAGGCA